ACACUGCGCUGCAGCGAUUAAAUACAAAAAAAAACAAAAAAAUGUCUACGCUCCAACUGGAAUUUUCGCAGGCCAUGGCCGAUUUCAAGAAGAUGUUCCCCGACAUCGAUCGCGAGGUGAUUGAGGCCAUACUGAGGGCGAAUCUGGGCGCCGUGGAUCAGACAAUAGAUGCCCUAUUGGCCAUGUCGAUAGAUAAUCAGAACGAAAAACUGCGCAAUGAACUGGAUGCUAAUGUCUCCCCACAACAGAGUCUCAUCAAUCUCAACGAUUCGGACAAAGACCUGCGGCGCAAUGUCCAGCUCGUUGACACCACGGAUGGCAUUGGGGACAGCGGUGCAGCCGCCGCAGCAGCCAGUGCUGGCGCAUUACUAACCGCCACCGCCAGCGCUUCGCCGAAUCAUCACAACACUGGUGCCUCGCCCAAGAUGCGGCCACUGGGCACCUCCAAUAGGAUCAAUAGCCAGAACAAUACGCCCACAAAGAGGAGUCUGAGCAGCAGCAGCAGCACAGCCCGUCGCUGGAACCCUCCCAUUCUGGGUGUCCUUCCGCCAGGCUUUCUACGCAUUGCACCUGCUGCUGGACAGCAGGACUUCGAGCUGCCCGACGAGCAGUUUGCAUUGAUGCUACAGAACGAGGAGUUCAUGAAUCAAUUGCGCUGGAAUCAAGACUUCAUGAACGCCCUCGAGAAGGAGCAGACGGGCAAGACCAAGGGCGAGGACGAUGCCCCGUUUCAGGAGCGUCUCAAGAACAUGGGCAAGAUGUCGCGCAAGAAAUUCCUACAAAUGGCACGCGUAUUUACCUGGCAGCGCAAUAAAAAGGUGACCACCGCCAAGCAGAUCGACUCGCUGCCGUUGCGCGAGGAGCCCAGCGACGAUGAGGAUCAUCACCAUCAUCAUCAGCAGCAGCAGCAACAACAACAGCAGCAGUCGAGCCAAUCGCAAUCUCAGCAACAGCAACAGCAGCAGGGCCAGUUGCAGCUGCGAAAGUGAGGCACGUACGGGGCAUCCAGCAUUUUGUUAUCUUAUCUCAAUGGCCAUACCGUGACGAUCACGAGCGCUAGUAAUCUCCUUUAAAGUAAUCUCUAAGCAAGAACGAAAUCUCCUCCCAAUCUCUAAAAAAAAAGAUGCGAAAUAAUUGUAUUAUUCUAGUUUUUAAACACCGCCCCAACCCCCCCUUAUACAUCAUAACCAAAAGUGCAAUUUUUAUCCCCUCGUAAACUCGUAAACAUACCAGUGCAAUAUCUCUCACCUUUUUUACAAUAUGAUUUGUGUACCUACAUUUUAUUUGUUGCCAAAUUAGCAAAAUUAAGUUUUAUUAUUAAUUUGUAAAGAAGAUACGAAACGGGGCGUUCCCUCUAGAGCCCCCUCUUAGAGUUUGCAGCACACACAAAGUUGGACUGACUAUUUGAAUGCGUUAAUUAAUUGAGCAUCACACCCAUGAAUAGAAAUCUCUGUAGAACACUUUGCUUAGCCACAAAAACCUAGUCAUUAUGAAAAGAAAACCCAAAAAAAUCCAACUUAUUGUACAGUAAGCGAAGCUAAAAAAUAUUCAUGUAAAACUAAAACUAUUUCUCCCGUUUUAAAAUCAAUGUGGUUCCCGGCGCUUAACUGGCUUCCACUCUAUGCAUGGCUAUUAUACUAUAUGUACGUACGUGUCUCGUCCCCACAAAACUAUGCAUCCAUAUCAAAUGCAGUUUUACCAGCGAACCCCUGGAGGUUCGCCUUUCGAUGAGUAUGCGUGCUAUAAAAGUAGCAAAAUAUUAUGAUAAUUAUAAAAGGCAGCCGGCUAUUUGAUUGUAAUUUGUAUGUAUAAACAUUUGAAUAACAACUACCUUGUAUUACUUAUUCCAGGUAUCAAAUACAGAUAUUUAAAAAAUGUAA